UUCUCUUGUCUCAACUUCUCUUGAUCAGCUCGGCAGCCCAAAAUCUGCAUAUGCAGGGAAGGCAAAAGGGAGCCCAUCACAUGCGCUGUGACAAUUGCCUUUAUGAUAGCUCGUCCUCCCCCGUAAGCUCUUGCUGGUGCUCUUUUCUUAAUUUUCUCGUGAGCCCUCGCAAAUUAAGUUUUGACACUGUGAAGAACGAUUGAUUUCCCAGCUACUGAUCCGUACCACAAACAAAAGUCUUGAUCUCCCGUGCAAAGUAAAGUCGGGGUCAUCAACGCGCACGCCAUAAGAAGGAGGGCAACCAGCUCCUGCUGAUCCAAAAUGAUGGACAGCUUGUUCCGGAGGCGCAGCGACCCCCCCGCCCAGCCUUCUUCCAGCACCCCUCCUUAUGCUCAGCCAGUCUCCAGUAGCUCUUACGCUCCGCCGAGCUCCUCUCAUUCCCAGGGACAGCAGGUGUUUGGCCCACCCCACGCCCGGCCAGUGCCCUAUACCUCGUCUGGAAGCGUUCCUUAUGCGCAGCCGGUCGGCAGCUAUGGGGCGUCGUCUCUCUAUCCUAGGGUUUCGGUGGGGCCCACUCCGGUCAUGCCAAAUGCUGGGCCAUCUUCGUCAGGCCAGAUGCUUACUGCUGCCAACGGUGGCAUUCGGGUGACUAUUAAGCCAGCAUACAGGGUUGCGCCUGCGGUCCAGCUGUCCCCCCAGAACAUCGAUGUGCCCCGCAGCACUUUCAUGUUCGAUUUCGACCUGGAACGAAAGAUUAUCGAAGAAGCGGAGCGAGGAAAUUGGGAGCGGAGCGCCCGGGCUGUAGACCAUUCGCACUCAAACGGGAUUGUUUCUACGUCUAACCUACAUGAAGACCCUGUCGUCAGUAAGUACGUGGCUACGGGCUUGCCUCGGGAUGCCGUCCAACUAGCGGUGGCCACUUUUGGGGAUGUACAGAAUAAGGUCUUGGAUUUUUGCUCGCACUUCGGGGUGAUGAAAGAAAUGGGGUUUGCGCCCGAAGCAAUAAGCGGCGCCCUGGCUAUGUUCGACAAUGAUAGAGAUAAGGCCAUAGCUCAGUUGGCCGGAGGAUAGUUCUGUUGCUUUGAGAUAGCUUCCGUAAACGAAAGAAUUUACUUUGGUUACAUUUUUCUGUAAAUCAGUGCAUAUAUAACCAGCAUCAAGCUUGACCGGCGAGUUGUUUGUGCA